AUGUCGCUCCCGUCGCCGGGGCUGCACGCGGACGUGAACGGCGACGGCGUGGUGGACCACGUCGAAGUUUUCGGCGGCGGCGGCGGCGGCGCCGGUCGGUCUCACGCCGCGGUGGGCGCGGACGGACGCGCGGUGCCGUCGUGCUGGGCGCGAGUCACCAGCGGCGUCCCCGCGAGGGAGGCGUUGUUCGACGGGACCGCGUGCCGCGGACACGCGGGGGUCACGCGGCACGGCGACCGGAACAGCUACGGCGUCGACGGCGCUGCUGGGAUGUUCGGGGGGAAGAACGCUGACGUGGACGUCGCGCCGCCGGCCGCGCUGCGGCGAGGCGAGGAGACGGAUGUGAUCCUAUUCAACUCGCGAGGGGAGGUGACGAGCUACGGGCCGGACGGGAAGCGGCGGUGGCAGCUGCGAACGGACGCGUCGUGGCAGCGAAGAGACGACGUUUACGACGCGGGGUACGGCGGCGGCGGAGGCGGCGGCGGCGGGCAUCUCGAGACGUUCCCGCUCGCCGUCGACGGCGCGUCCGAGGUGGUGGUCGCGCUCGGCGCCGCGCGCGGCGUCGUCCUCUCCCCCGGCGGGUACAAGAUCGCGACGCUUCGUCUUCCCUCCGUCCCCAUCGCGCCGGUUCUGAUCGUCGACGUGAACGGCGACGGGCUCAACGACAUCGUCGCGAGGACGGCGCUCGGGACGUACUGUUGGACGCAGAGAGGCGCCGGCGGCGGCGGGCCGCUGCUCGUCUUGCUCGGCUUUCUUAUCGUCGGGAUGGUCGUCGCGUUCGCGAGUCAGAUCGGGGUCGGGAGCGACGGGAAGAAGGUCGUGAGGAGGAGCACGGAGAUGGAUGAGCCGGGCGGGGAGAGCGCGAAGGAUCGAUGAGCGAACGAACGCGUGGCGAUGAUAGCGGGCGCGUCGCGCGCGCGCGCGGUCACUUUUCGAUUCGAUGAGAAAAAAUAAAAG